AUGGCUGCCACCACCAAGCGUGCGGACUUCGAGGCCGUCUGGCCCUCACUGGUUCAAGAUAUUCUGUCUCAUGCUAAGAAAUACAACCUCCCCGACAAUGCUCAGGAAUGGUUCGAAAAGUCUCUCAAUGUCAAUACCCCUGGUGGCAAACUGAACCGCGGUCUUUCCGUUCCUGACACUGGUCUCGCCCUCCUCAAGAAGCCCCUGACCGAUGAACAAUUCCAGCACCUGAGCAUUUUGGGUUGGCUCACUGAGCUUCUCCAGGCUUUCUUCCUGGUCAGCGAUGACAUUAUGGACAGCUCAAUCACUCGUCGCGGGCAACCUUGCUGGUACCGCCAGGAGGGUGUUGGCCUCAUUGCCAUCAACGAUGCCUUCAUGCUGGAGAGUGCUAUUUACCUCAUCCUCAAGCAGCGCUUCCGCUCUCACCCCGCCUACAUUGAUCUUGUCGAGCUCUUCCACGAGACCACCUGGCAGACCGAGUUGGGUCAGCUCUGUGACCUGAUCACUGCUCCCGAGGACAAUGUGAACCUCGACAACUUCUCCCUGGACAAGUACAUGUUCAUUGUCACUUACAAGACUGCCUACUACAGUUUCUACUUGCCUGUCGCCCUCGCUCUGCACUAUCUGCAGCUGGCCAGCGAGGAGAACCUCAAGCAGGCUCAUGAUAUCCUGAUCCCGCUGGGUCAGUACUUCCAGAUCCAGGACGACUACUUGGACAACUUCGGCGACCCCGAGGUGAUUGGCAAGAUUGGCACCGAUAUUCAGGACAACAAGUGCUCGUGGUUAGUCAAUCAAGCUAUCAAACUCGCCACUCCUGAGCAGCGUGCUAUCCUCGAUGCAUCCUACGGCCGCAAGGACAAGGAGCAGGAAGCCAAGGUCAAGGCUGUCUUCAACGAACUCAAGCUCGAUCAGCUCUACAAGGAGUACGAGGAGAACGUGGUCACUGAUCUGCGCGCCAAGAUCGCUGCCGUUGACGAGGCCAGCGGCCUGAAGAAGGAGGUCUUUGAGUCCUUCCUGGCCAAGAUCUACAAGCGAACCAAAUAG